AUGGAUGCCGUUGGUAAUUUAGAAGUCAGGUGGGCACAGGGUUUGACAGACCACCGUGUUGAAUUUGUCGACAAGACAACAGUAUGUUACACAUCUGGGAACUGCAUUGUUUUCCUUGACCUGGAUACGAAAAAGCAAAGUGUGUUUCAGUGUCCUGGCAGAGGCAUUGGUACCUUCACUGCGAAUGGAAAGAGUAGGAUAUUAGCCUUCUCUGAGCGGAAGCUAAACCCAUCUAUAUUUGUAUACAGCUAUCCUAAACUUGUGUUGGAGAAUGAGCUAAAAGGAUCUGCGCAACUGGAUUAUACGUCUCUGGCAUUAAGUGAUGGUGGUCCUUAUUUGGGGUGUUGCUCUACUCUUCCAGACCACAGCAUUACAGUGUGGAAUUGGGAAAAUGCUGAGCCAAUUUGCUCACAACCACGAGCCGGGAAGGGUGUCGUUUCUUUGGUGUUCAACCCCAUGAACUGGCUGCAGAUUUGUGCUUUGGGUACAAUAUCCCUCACCGUGUGGAAUAUUGAGAAGAGCGCCAGUUUUCAUGUCAUGAAACCGAGUGUGAUAGAGCUUCCAGCAGCUGAUGGCUCCGUCACUGAGAGAGAGGCGCCCCCCUCUCAUAUUAUCAAUGACAGACUGACCUAUUUUGGUCCUCAGAUGCCUGCAACAGCCAUCUCAGGGCUCACAGGAGACAAGGCAGACAUUGUUGUGCAGAGCACCAGGGCCACACUGACCGCUACUGCCAUCUGCUGGACAGCCACAUCAGAGCUGUAUGUGGGCUGCAAAGAAGGCUUUCUGCUGCUUGUUGACCCAGACAGUCUCUCUGUCUCAGUUCUAUUCAAUCCCACAGCUGCCAGUGCCAUCCCUGAACUCAAGAAAGGCAGCUUUCAAAGCUUAGCUCUUCAUGGGAGCAGUUUGAUUGCUGCGAAAAAGGAGGGUGCGAUGCACUGCCUGCACAUCAAAGAGAGCCAGAUUGAGAUCACACAAACAUGGGAAGUAGAUGUACCUGUCACAUCUGUCAUGUACUCCCCUGAUUAUGAAACAUUACUUUCAUUUUCAAACAUGGGUCAGAUCUGUAUUUGUAAACCAGCCCAGUCAGAGAAGAUGGUGAAGGUCCUGGAUAUUCUCAGUGGCAAUUUUGUGGCAGGAGCUUUGCUGCACACUAAGGAAAACAUUUGUGUGUCAGUGAGAGAUUCUGGAGAACUGCAGCUGUGGUCCGCAGAUGGGUUUUGCAUUGGUUCUCUACGUCUUCAAGCCGAGGUGACAAGUCUGGCCUGCUGUCCUGUAGCACACUAUGCAGCUGUGGGAACUGUCUCAGGCCACGUGCUUUUUAUUGACCUGAUCAGGGAACAGCAACCUCGCCUGGUUCACAAGGCCCAUCUGUACUCCAGGCCUGUGGAUCAUCUGGUUUUUGAUCAAGAUGGGAACUACCUUCUCACCGGCGCCUCAGAUGCUCAUGUCUUUGUAGUAGAUGCAAAGCCGUCAAAGAGAUUUUCAAUCAUAGGAUACACAGUUGUUCCUGGGCCCAUUUUGUCGCUCUCUGCCCAGUACAUCAGAGACCGCAAGCAUGUGAAAGUUCUUGCACUUUGUUCUGGACAGAAGGACCAAAACCACGAGGGCAGCCUGCUUACACUGCUCACUCUGCCUGUGAAGGACCUUGCAGGUUGUGUGGACCUGCGGGGUUGUCUGUCUAAUCACACCCUGCAGCAGUCCAUACACCAAGUGCCUCAUGCCCUCCAGUCCUGUGUACUGGGUGUCAAUGAGGUCUUUGCUUACUGCCACAAGAAGAAAGCUCUUCAGCGUUUCCAGCUGCCUCAGAACACAGACCGUCUCUCAGGUGAAGAGGGGGUCCAGCUGAAACUACAGCAGGAGGUAGAGGGCCAUCCCCUGGGCCCCGCCUCUCUUGCUCUGUCUCCUCACCACUCAUGGCUGGUCACUGUGGGUCGAGAUGGCCUACUACGUGUACGAGAGACUUCCUCACUGGAGAGGUGCAUUGAGAUACAGUGUCAUUCCUGCCAUCUUGGAGGGGUUCGGAGUGUCUCCUUCUCUGCAGACAGCCAGGCGCUCCUCACGACAGGCCUCAGAGAUGGCUCUCUUGUGUGCACUGAUCUCAAAAUCAGUGUGAUGGGUGCCGAGAAAGGGAAUGAAGCGACUCAGUACAGACAAAUUGUGGCCCGUUUGUUGGUGAACGUGUUGAAUGCAGAGAACCUCGUCCUGAGUGACUUGCCUGACUGGAGCCAAACAUGUCUGUCGUCUUCGGGCUCAAAAGAACCACAGGAAGAGGAGGUCAGAGGUGAAACAGAGACUGUGGAUGUGACAGAGCAGGAUGGGAGUCAUACCAACACAGCUCCAGACCCCACCUGGCUGGAAAGCAAGCAAGAGGCGGUUGUGAAAGCAGAGAUACAGCAAUAUUAUGACACAAAGAAAAACUUGGAGGAAAAAGUCAAAGAAUUACGUAACACUAUCCAGGAAAUGAUGCGUGAAAAUGAGAACCUCCCAGAUGCUGAGCGUCUGGAACAACAGCAAUUCAAUCUAAAUGUGGAGGAACAGAGGAGGUCAGAGAUGAAGGGGGAGCAGGAGGUUACCAAGGUGAGAAAUGAGACAGAGCUGGAUAAUCUCGCAAAAAGUUACCUCUACGAUGUUCUCAAGAGAGAGUGCUGGGAUUCUAUGGUGGUCAAAGGCAAAGCUGUCAGGGCCUUCUACUCUGACCACAAGGUGAAGAAUUACCCCAUGAGAGAGCGAACAGAAAAGGAGCUGGAGGAGCUUCUCAGAGUACAGAAUAUGAGGAAGAUUGAAAAGGCUGCCUCCAUUGAGAUUCCAGAGAAGAGGUCCAACACAGCCAGUGAAAAGGAGGAAGAGGAAGAGGAGGAGGGCGAUGAGGCAGAUAGCGCUGCUGUAACGGGCAGCCUCAGUGCUCAGUUAGGAUGUUCAAACCCCUAUCUUUAUGAUCAGUUCAACCUGCAGACCACAGAGCAGAAGAUCAACCAGAUAAUCCUGCUACAGGAUGUGAUUUAUCAAGUCAAGACAGCUUUCAACAGGGAGUUUGAGGCCAUGCACAAGAAAAAACAGCAGGAGGUCAGCCGUGUGAAGGACAAGAACAAGCGCAUCAGGGAGAUCAUGGUGGAACUGGGCGUCACCGAGGAGCUGUGGGAGCCCAGUCUGGCAGACAGUGAGCAGCCAGAGAGGGCGCUCAUUGUGAAGGAUUCAGAGAUAAAAGUAGAAAAGUACCUCAGCCCAGAGCAGAAAAAGGAGGAGGAGGAGAGGAAGAAGUUGGAAGAACAAAGACGUUUGGCUGCCAAGGGUGAUGAGCACAGAGAGAAGGCUCUGGAUGACAUGAUGGGUGGAGCACUUGAAGUGAAGAAAGAGGACAUACUGAACAUGGAAAUACCUCAGCCUGAGUUUGUUCUGAGCAAACCUGACACUCAGUGGAGUGAGGAGGAGAAAAAGGUCUACAAAGAGUAUGAGAAGAAGAACAAAGAGCUGAGUGAGGAACAGGAGAAAUACAGGAAGAGCCUAGAAAUUGAAAUGAGGAAACUGCAGGCAUCCAUCAAAGAUGCUACUGAAGGGUUCGAUGAAACCUUGACAAAGUUGCUUGAGUGGAAAGUAAAAUCUGAAAUGGUGAUAUACCAGGAAGAGCUCAAGAUUACCAAUAUUGUUUACUCAAUUCUCAUAGAAGAAGAGAUUAGAAACCGAGAGGUUGAGCUCAGCCUAAAACUUGAAAAAUUUUUGGCAUACAAGGCUGAAAUUGAGGAAGAGCUUCAGAAACACAAAGAUGAUGUUGAAUCAUUUCUUGUGACCUAUGAUAACACUGUAGCUGAGGACAAACUUCUUGACAAAAAAUUCAGGAAGGACUUCCUUGAUGUGCCCGUCCAUAUUGUUGAGCAUCUCUAUAAGCUGUUCAAGCGUAGACCGAGAGUUCAAAAGAUGAGGACCCAGAUGGACAGCAGCAUCAACAUUAAAGAUCAGUCUCUCUGCGGCUGGAUGGCUGCUGAUGGGCUCAGCCAAAUGCUCAAGGCCAUGGAGGAGUUAGACGCUCCAGAGAAUAUGCCAGAGGACUUAGACCCAUUGAUCUGGGAGAGGUUUUGUCUUGUCCGCAGAGCAAAAGUAGAGAGUGAGCAGCAGGUAAAAACAAUGGCUCUGACUCUUGCUGAGAUGCAGGCGUUCCUGCAGAAGAGGAUUGAUGAAAAUGAGACUUAUGAACAGGAAAUCAAAAAUCUCACUGAUGAACUUGAUCGCGUGCAUAAGGAGAAGAACUGUUUCCGGAAGGACAUCAUGGUCCAAGUGCUGAUGAAGCAGGGCCAGGUUGAGCUGACUCCCACAGACCUAACUGCUGACUACUCCGACUCUGUGCUUCACCACAGGAGUGUGGUAGAGGGCCUCAACCACACCAUCAAGAUGUUUGGAGAGCAGAAGAUAGCCGCCAUGGUGGACUGCAAGGAAUUCCUUAAGGGCCUCAUCCAGGAGGAGUGUGAACACAACAAGAUGGAGAUGCAGAUAGAGGACCUCAACACCAAUGCGAGGGACAUUGAGAUGUUUCAUGUCUCACGGAAGCUACAGGAAUAUCUCAGCGACACAGAUUACCACUGUCAAAUAUCCAAGCAAGUCUCCACUUUGCAGAAAGCCAUUGCUUUACAGGAAGAGGCUCAUCUACAGAGUGUACAGCAUCAUAAGAAAACAAUUGAGCUGCUAAAUAGGCAGGCAGCAAUUAAAGCUCAGAAGGAUGCCAUGUUAGACCAGCAGCUUGCCAAUAUGCAAGUGACUGUGGCUGAGAGAGGACAUAUAUGUGACGCAAUAGCUGUGCAGGACAACCAAGAGGAAGAAACAGAGCAGCGUUACCAAGAAAUCAUCCAUAUAAAGAACCUGGAGGAUUUGGCCAAAGAACUGGCAGUGGAGCUGGAUAUCCAGUGGACAGAGGUAGAGCGCUUGAGGAUGAAGACCUUUCCUUCACUCAGGCUACUGACACACAACUAAAAAAAAGUGCUCUCUUCAAGGAGAA